AUGAAUCCUCUAAUGUUCGAAGACAACCCAAAUUGCGACGGCAAACAGGCGAUCAAACCCAGCGAUCGUGACUUUUGGGUUCAGCUCGGGUUGUCUCUCAUCCUUGGCCUCACGGCGUUCACCACAUUCUGCAUCUUGCGCCCACGAUGGCCGACUCUAUACGCCGCGCGCAAGCGCAGAUUGGAUCCCAAGAUUGGGUUGCCUACGCUUCCUGAUACCUUUCUCGGGUGGAUCCCAGGACUUUACCGCGUCACUGAGGAACAGGUCCUCGCCUCUGCUGGCCUCGAUGCCUUCGUCUUCCUUGCCUUCUUCAAGAUGGCCAUACGCAUUCUUGCUAUAUUGGCCUUCUUCGCGUAUGCCGUUAUGCUGCCUAUCAACACCUCACUCGGACAUUUAGAAACCUUUCCAAAGCCGAAACCAACACCCGCUGCUACUGCUACUGCCUCCAUCGCCAUCUCGACCCGCUCCCUUCAAGGCCAAAUAGACCAGAGUGAUUCUAUAUGGGCUGCAUUAGACGACGACGAGAGUUUUGAAAGGAAAAAGAGCUAUGUCUGGGCAUGGUUGGUGUUCGGCUACUUCUUUACGGGGUUGACCCUCUACGUCUUGAAUAAGUCGACCUUCAGAGUCAUUCAUGUUCGUCAGGAGUACCUUGGAACGCAGUCAACCGUUACCGACAGAACUUUCCGCCUUACUGGUAUCCCUCGAAAUUUACGUGACGAGGGAAAGAUCAAAAAGCUCAUCGAAAAGCUUCAAAUCGGCGAGGUGGAGCAUGUCAACAUAUGCUGCGACUGGCGGGAGCUUGACUCGCUCAUUGCCCAAAGGGCGCAGGCUUUAGCCCAGCUUGAAGAGACCUGGAGCGUCUAUCUAGGAAAACAGGCUGCGCUCCCAAAAUCAGUCCAGCGCCUCCGCGAUCCACAGGCCGAGCCUUCUGUCUUGGAGCCUCGAGAAGAUGAAGUUGACGAAGAGGCCGGAGAGAAUGGUGGGCUACUGGGGCACAAUAACAUCAGCCCCGAACUCGUCGAGAGACCGCGUCCGAAAGUGAGACUUUGGUAUGGAUUGCUCAAACUCCAAAGUCGCAAGAUAGACGCCCUUGACUAUUACGAGGAGAAGCUGCGACGUCUCGACGAUAGAAUUAACGAAGCAAGAAAGAAGGACUUCACCCCGACCGACCUGGCCUUUGUCACAAUGGAUUCGAUCGCAGCUUGUCAAAUGGCGAUCCAGGCCCGCAUCGACCCUCGACCUGGACAGCUUCUCACAAAGCCCGCGCCAUCCCCAUCGGAUGUAAUGUGGCCCAACACGUAUGCGCCUCGUGGGAUCCGUCGUCUUCGCUCUUGGAUCAUUACCAUAUUUGUUGCCGUUCUAUCCGUGUUGUGGUUGGCAGUCGUUGCUUCGAUUGCUAGUCUCCUAAGCGUCUGCAACUUCCAGACAUGGUUUCCUGGGGUGGUUGGAUUUUUCGACCAAUAUCCGACCUUGCGUGCCUUGAUCGAAACCGGCCUGCCGACCCUGCUCGUUUCGUUGCUAAACGUGGCUGUGCCCUAUCUCUACGAAUACCUCUCGUAUGAGCAAGGGAUGAUUUCCAAAGGAGACGUGGAACUCUCUAUCAUUUCCAAAAACUUCUUCUUCACCUUCUUCAACAUCUUCGUCGUCUUUGCCACUUCCAACGCUGCCUUUAGCGUUACCAACUUGGUUCGCCAGAUCCGGGAUGUAUGGAAGAGUCCUGCUACCCUGACGCUACAAGUUGCCGAUCAGAUCCAGAACCUCGGAAUAUUCUACACCAACUUCAUCAUGCUUCAAGGUAUUGGUCUGUUUCCUUUCAGACUCCUCCAGGUUGGCAGCGUCUUUCUCUAUCCGAUAUAUCGCAUGGGUGCCAAGACCCCUAGGGAUUUUGCCGAAAUCAUGCAACCGACUGUAUUCAGCUAUGGAUUCUACCUCCCGACAGCGAUGCUCAUCUUCAUGCUAUGCCUAUUGUACAGCACGUUGGGAUAUGGUUGGCUCAUUCUGACAGUGGGGCUCCUCUACUUCAUCUUUGGCUACUUCACCUACAAGUAUCAGCUACUCUAUGCCAUGGACCAGCCUCAACAUGCGACCGGCGGUGCCUGGAGAAUCAUCAGCUACCGCGUCAUUCUCGGUCUCUUGGUGUCGCAAGUCAUAUUAUCCAGUAUCAUGGCAUUUUUGCUUGCAUUUUUCCAGUCUAUUGCUGUCUUACCCCUCAUCGCAUUCACGGUCUGGUACAGCUUCUAUUUCAGGCGUCGUUUCGAGCCCCUCACACGAUACAUAUCUCUGCGAAGCAUCCGUAUUGACAUCGACCCGGAGGAUGCGGCUGUACUUGACGAAGACUUUGAGGGUCCGAGACCCUCGCAAGGCUUGCUGAGACGCGGAAGCACCAUCGAUGAGGAUAAAGAAAAGGGCCUGACCUUUGCGAAUCCCAGCUUGACCUCGCGUCUAGAAGAGCCGUGGAUCUACCAGGAUCCGCCUCCAGUCCAUAACAACACGGAAGAUGAAGAGAGCGGCGAGGACACAGAGAUUCCAAAUGCCCCUGAGAAUACGGCCUCAACCGCCUCGAACAGCUCGAUGAGCCUGGGCGACACACACAUCUGGCGGCAGCAGGCUGACAGCAAUAAUCGCUAG